AUGCUUCAACUUAGCCAGGAUUUUAUUAUCAAGAUUUGUGGUAUACAAACAGUAGAAGCUGCUGAAGUGGCUAUCAAUGAGGGUGCCACUUUCCUGGGAGUGAUAUGUGUACCUAACCGGAAACGCACGAUUGAACCAAACACUGCCAAAAAGAUAUCUGAUUUAGUCGAGAGACGUCGCGAGCAGCGCCAAAAGGAGAGCCCCCAAAAAGAUGUUGAGGGACCUUUCCUAGUUGGGGUUUUCCGCAAUCAACAGGUAGAAGAGGUUUUAGCUAUGAAGGACGAGUAUAAGCUCGAUAUAGUACAAUUGCAUGGCAGUGAAAAUUGGAAAGAGUAUAGAGAAAAAGUGCGGGAUUGCCUUAUUAUUAAAAGAUUUAUUUUCCCAAAAGAUUGUACUGAGGUGGAAGAGCUCUCUAAUGUGGCUACUAUGUCAGAAACUUGUAUUCCAUUGUUUGAUUCAGAAGCAGGAGGUACCGGUGAAAUUUUGGAUUGGGAAGAAAUUGCCAGUUGGAGCCGAAAAUCCCGUGCAAAGUUUCUUCUGGCGGGCGGGCUGAACCCUGAAAACGUCCAUAAAGCGGUGGAAUUGCCAGGCGUCAUUGGUAUAGAUGUCAGCGGCGGUGUUGAGACUGACGGUCGCAAAGACAACUUAAAGAUAACAAAAUUUAUUCGCAACGCUAAAGCGGAUUUAGUUAGAUAG